AACAACAACAACAAACUCACUCAAUCAUUUUGAUAUUACUAAAGAUACAAAUUUUGAGAAAAUAGAAAAUAAAAGCGUAGGAGCUGAAAAAUCACAAGGAAUUGGUAUUGGUAUCGAUGAUAGUGAGUCAGAAUUUCAAAACGGAAAUAUGUUUGUUUUUGCAGAAUUUAAAUAAAGAAGUUGCUAAUACUAUUUCGAGUGGAGUACAAAAAGAAUUUCAAAACUUUAACAAAAAAGAGGUUAAUAAUACUAUUUCGAGUGGAGUACUAAAAGAAUUUCAAAACUUUAACAAAAAAGAGGUUAAUAAUACUAUUUCGAGUGGAGUACUAAAAGAAUUUCAAAACUUCAACAAAAAAGAGGUUAAAGACGACGCUCUGGGUUCAUAUGAUGAAGAUGACGAUGAUGAUGAUGAUGAUGACCAUGAUGUGAAUAUUUUCGAUGAGGAUAAUCCAGAGCCAUGUAUUACAAGAUCACCUAGUGAGGAGGAAUCUAUUCUUGUCGAAGGUGGAAUAAGUAACUACAUACAAACUAUUCCUUUAAAUUUAGAUAAGGAUAAUGAUGAAUAUAUAAAAUCAAUUCCUUUAAGUAAUGAUGAUAAUAAAAUCUAUAUAUUAGAGGGUGGUAUAAAUAGUUAUGUACAAACUAUACCACUAAAUAUAGAAGAAAGUAAGCAAAUUGAAUGUAAUUCGAAGAAAACAUUUUAAUUGUUCUUUAAAAUAAAAAAUUUAUAAUAUUGUUUUUGGAAA